UCGUUCUCGAUGAACCAUUUCUGAAGCACGAGAGAGUUUAGCUGGGCUUCGAACAUGUCCACGACGUCAUCAAGAAGCUGGUCUCUCUUUAACAAAUGUGGAAGUCGCAAUCAAAUCAACAACACCCUCAUUGUUUCCUUCCAAUUUGAAAACCUGUCCAACCUGUUCCCAAAAUUAGCCCCAGCUUGAUCAACUCUCUCUCAACCAAAAUGUCACUCCGCUCGCCCACUUUCCUCAUGGGACUGGCCAACCUAUUCGCAAUUGGCGGAGCAACAUAUCAUCUCCGAAGCCAUCACAUUUACAACCUCGAAGAGCACGAAGCACGAAUGGACGAACUCGAAGGUACAUUGAGAGGUCACAUUGGAUUGAUCGAAGAGUCUCUCGAGCGACUUGAAGGCAAGCAGAUUACCAAGGGUCAGAAGACUGAGGAGCUAUAUUCGAAGCGAGGCAAGGAUGAGAAGAAGGAGAAGAAGUAGACCGAGCAGGAUCUGAGGUCAAUGGCAGCAGGAAUUGUAAUGGUAGACAGAUGAAGGAUGUAUAAAUGCUAUGCCCCAUGAUCUUGGCAGAUGGAAGUGGUGGUGGAAGGCACAGACCAAGGGUCUCGGAUCCCCCUUUGCUGGCCUGCACCUCCCCCAUACCUUGUCAAGCACCCCGACAGCAAUUCAUCCCAUCGACACAGGCCGCAUCCAC